AUGUUCAAGUGUGCUGCAGUGUUUAAAGAAAUGUUGCUGGAAGAACCAGAUGUAGAUCAAGAAGAUGCUUUGUCUUCAUCUCAUGAAUGUUCUCCUGAAACAUUUGGUGAAGGAUCAAAAUGGUACCAAAUGCCACAAUAUGACUCCAUUGAAAUGCAACUGACUGCAUUAGAAAAUUUACGUCCUUUGGAAGAUGGAGACUCAGAAGUUGCUGGUUUGGGCAAAUUUACUACGAUUGCUUCUGGACGCCUUCCUGAGAAAGAUGAAACGGUAGGUGUUGAGGGAGAUGUGAGAGUCAGAAAAGCUAGCAUUUUGGAAGUGAUGGCUGUUGCCCCUCCUCCUUCUGUUCAAGCUUGGCUAGAGGACAUGGAGAUGGAACAGUAUAUUCCAAGGUUUCUUGAUUAUGGCUAUGACGCGAUAUGGGUGUGUGCACAUUUAGAUGACGAUGAUCUUGUACAGUUAGGCAUUAUAAACCCAGGAGACAGGGCAAAGCUGCUUGCAAAUGCCAAUUUAUGGAAAUAUCGUUUAGAACCAGCAGAUAUAAAGACGCCAAGGGGAAAGGAUUCAUCAUUUUCAUUUGAUUUGUCAUCAUCAAAAGAAGCUGACUUGUCACUGAUGUCAAACUUUGAGUCAACUGACAGUAGUAAUGCUGAUAUGGUAGUAAAUCAGUCUUCAGCAGCCAUUCGAAGUCGAUCUGCAAGUACAGCAGCUAGUGUUUGUACUGAUCCUUCAUCAGAAUUAUUGGAGUCUCCAUCUUUGGACUUCCCCAUUAUGAGAAGUGCAUCUGCCAGUGCUACUACAGGAAGUGGUAUUGGACCAGUGUCAUAUGACACACUAACACGCCAUUAUCUAAAGAUUACAACUGAAAAGCAUGGAAUUGACACUGAUUAUGGGAGAAGAGGACUUCGUGUUCGAAAUCGAGGCAGAGUGGCAAUAUAUGGAACACUACCUCGUGUCAAACAGGAGACAGCAGAUAAGAGACAACUAAACAAACUUGAUGAGUCAAGACAUGACUUUAUGAGAGUAAAAUCAUGGGAUCCUUCUGCUUUACUCGGUGAAUUAUACAAUGACACAAGAGAGGCUCCACGAGCUGUUACUGAGCCAUUGAAGCAUGUUGCUAUGAACAGAUCAAAAGGAAAUGUUCGAAUGGCUGGCUAUCUAGAGAAACUGCCUCUGAAUCAGAAGAAGCCAUCUUUUAUUCACGGUUGGAAGAAGAGAUAUUUCAAAGCAACAGAUGGAAAUUUAUUUUACUUUGAUGACAACAAGAGUGAAAAGGCUGUUGGUUUUAUUAAACUUGCUGGGAGCAAGAUUGCUGCCGCUGGUCAAAAGCAGAUUCAAAUUACUGAGAGAAGAGGAAAGUUUAUGUUGUUACGGACUCAGACAACUCGUGAAGCUGAAGAUUGGGUGCAAGUGUUAGAGUCUGAAAGUGUUGUUAAUUUGUCUGAUCAGCGAAAGUUUCUCAAUUUACGAGCUGUUAUUAUUGAUCUUGGUUCAUCAUCUCUUCGAGCUGGUAUUGCAUAUGACGAUGCAUAUCCUCAACUCUUUCUGCCUCAUGUGAUUGCUGUUGACAAGCGAGAGAGUGCUACUAGAAAGUUUGGUAUUAAAGCACUACGACCAGACGUUAGAGAUUUAUGUGAUGUCUAUUAUCCUUUCCGAUCAUCAGCUGGAGUUGACAAGAAAACAAGAGCUAAUGCUCAAGAUCUUAUAUGCAUGUUUGAAGAUGUUUUUUGUCAGUUGCAAAUUGAUCCCAGGCAAUUCAAGGUUAUUAUCAGUUACUCACAGUUUACAACACAAAGAGCCAAGGAGCUGAUCAUGAAUGUUCUGUUUGAACAUUUUGGGGUUCAAGGAAUUUACAUGCAGGAACAAUCUGUACUAUCAAUGUACUCAUAUCAUGAGACUACAGGUGUAAUGGUUGAUAUUGGAGAUAGGAUGGACAUUGUUCCUGUUGUUGAAGGUUAUGUGGUUGAGUCUGGAGUGACUCGUUUACCAUAUGGAGGGAACACACUCACUGACCAUUUGAUGAGACUAUUAACAGAGUCUGGUUACAGGUACUUUUCGGAUGUUGAGUCUUACAUUACAAGAUAUGUUAAAGAGAAGGCUUCUCUCGUGGCUUUGAGUUAUGAGACAACGCUGUCAGCAGUUGAAGCUAACCCUCAACGGUACACUGCUGCUGUAGAAGUAGGCCACCUCGAUCUACCAGAUAAAUCACAAACUAUUUCCCUAAGCUCUGCUCGAUUUCGAACAAGUGAAGGCUUAUUUCAACCUCGUCUCUUGGGAAAAGACAAUCCUGGGAUUCAUGAACUUGUUCAGAAAGCAGUACAAGCAUGUGCCGUAGACACAAGGAAAGAGCUUUAUCGCAACAUUUUCUUGAGUGGAGGAACAACAAAACUUCGAGGAUUCGCCGAACGGUUGGAGAAAGAACUGUGUGCUCUUGUUCCAUCGUCUGUGCUGAUACAGGUUCAUGCAGGUCCAUAUCGGCAACAUGCUGCAUUUAUGGGUGCUUCUGUGGCAGCAUCGCUCUCCAACUUUGAUGAAAUGUGUGUAUGGCAGGACGAUUGGUUGAAAAAUGGCCCGGAAUCAAUGCAGAAAUGGUCACUCUAUUAGUAGAAAUCUGCUGAGCAGAAAGCCACAGACAGGUGGAGAACACUUGAUAAUGCUAAUACGCUACACAGGUAGUAACUGUCAAUAUUAUAAUUUGUGACAUAUUGCUAUCCAAUGUAGUGCCUUGUUAGGUUUGCCUAAGGUUGUAGAUGUAGGGAAAAUGAGUACGUACUAACUGCAGUGGUGAUCAAAAGCAAA